AUCUGCCCGUCCUGAGCAGAGACAGCCGCCGGUUCUGAGGGAAACACCCACACCCACUCACACAUUACACUCUCUGGACUCGGACUUUCUUACUACUUUUAGAACAGUCACUUUUUUGAAAAAGAAAAGAAAAAACUGCGCCGCUUUUCUUUCUUUGUGUUUUUUUUCUUUUUGUCUCGGUUUGGUGAAGUACAGCUGGAUCAUCAGAUAGUUUCAUCUCGUGGAUGCGAGUGUCUGUUUCACUCAAUACCACCAUUCCAUCUAUCAGAUUAUUUGUGUUGCUACCACUCACAGACAGAGAGGAAAGGACUGGGAUAUGAUUCCAGGUGAUAAAACGAAGGAAGUCUUCAGGUCAACAGAGAACAUAAAUGAGUAUUUGCCAUGCUACAUGGGAAGGCUCUAAACUCCACCCUGGUCUUGCUCCUCAUCCUCACUGUUGCCACUGCCCACGGUCGCUCCUACCCACGUUUUUCACGUAAUGACACUGAAUUCCAGCACCUGGUGCUUCACCCGGACCCCUCUGUGGGGACGGUGUAUGUGGGGGCCAGGAACCACCUCUUUCAGUUGGAUGGAUCAGAUGGACUCCGGCUGGAGCAAGAGGAGACGACCGGUCCUGUGAGCGAUAGCAAAGACUGCCUUCCCCCAGUCAAUGAGCUCAACUGUCCCCAAGCCAAAAGAACCAGCAAUCACAACAAAUUACUGCUGGUGGACCCAACAGCACUGGAGUUGAUCACCUGUGGCAAUGUACACCAGGGCACCUGCCAGAAACGCAGUUUGGCAUCAAUCAAAAAGGUUCUCUUCUCCACUGAGAGGCCUGUGGAUACACAGUAUGUUGCAGCCAAUGAUCCAUUAGUGUCAACUGUGGGGCUGGUGGUGGGACUUCGCGGUGGGGAAAGAACGGUGAUGUAUGUGGGUCGGGGGUAUACUGCCAGCCACCCGCCCAUCUCUACCCGCCACCUUUCAUCAGAACCCAUCUUUUCCUAUGAGGAGACUGCGAAGCUAGCCGUGGCCGGACGUCUGUCGGAAUAUGACCAUCAUUUUGUGACAGCGUUCACACGACGCUCAUACGUGUACUUUUUGUUUUACCGCCGUGAUAUCAAGUCAGUCUCAAGGGAGUACCGCACCUAUGCUGCCCGAGUCUGCAUGGAGGACACUUCCUACUAUUCGUAUGUGGAAAUUCCUCUGGUCUGCCGAUCGGUGUCCUCUCCUUCCAAGACAUACAAUCUGCUCCAGGCGGCCCAGGUGGGACAAGGUGCAGGCCUGCAAGGCGAGGAUCUGCUGGGAGUCUUCUCCUCCCGCAUCAGUUCCACAAACAAUAGCCCCGUGGAUGCCUCGGCUCUGUGCGUUUUCCCCCUGGAUGAGCUAGACAGACACAUCGACUCCACCCGUGACCUCUGUUACACUCAAGAUGGGCGGGUGGAGGGAAGAGGAGAGGUGGCCUACAUAGAAUAUGAGGUCAAGUCCAGCUGUGCCAACCUGCCUCUGAAUACCUUGAAGGCGUAUCCCUGCGGCUCUGACCACACCCCAAGUCCAAUGGCAAGCCGGGCACCGCUGGAAGCUAAAGCAGCAUGGCACACCUCAGCUGCCCGUCUCACUGCUGUGGCCGUCAGCGUCAGAGAUGGACACAACAUCGCCUUCCUGGGAGACUCCAAAGGGACUCUCCACAAGGUCUAUCUUGGCCAAGAUGGCAUGGUGGAGGUUUAUGCGAACACAACGAUCCAUCCCAACUCACCCAUUAACAGUGACCUUUUACUGGAUCAGAAUGGAGCCCACAUCUACAUCAUGACCAAAACUGCUGUAGAGAAGCGUCCCGUGGCAGAAUGUGGAGACCACUUGGACUGUCAGUCAUGUCUGUCUGCCAAAGACCCUUACUGUGGUUGGUGUGUCCUUGAGGGACGUUGUGGCCAGCGGUGGGAGUGCCAGCGAGGGUCUGUGCAGGGUCAGUGGUUGUGGAGUUUCAACCAGACACAGCAGUGCCUCGGCAUCCAGCACCUCAGCCUCUACAACAUCAGCCGCGGGGAGAAAACUGAUAUCGCAGUAUCAGUAGAGGGCCUCCCCAGUCUGAAACAAGGAGAGGCCUACUCCUGCUUCUUCCAGGACACAGAAACUCCUGCCUUGCUCACUACCACUGGUGUUAUAUGCUCCACCCCUGAUGCCAGUAAUCUGCCCCCCAUUGGCCAUGGAGACGAGUUUGUGAUGGUGACCCUGUCGCUACGAUUCAUAAACGUGACGGUAGCAGAGACAGAAUUCACCUUCUACAACUGCAGUUUGGUCCAACAGCUGUCUGGACGCAGGCCAUGCCAAGGGUGUGUUAGCAGUCGCUGGGGGUGUAACUGGUGUAUUCACCAGCACGUCUGCACACAUAAACACACCUGCAGCCAAGGAGUCACCAUCUACAAUCAAAACUUCAAACCGCAAACACCCACCAUCCCACCACCCCCCAGAAAACCGACCCCUUCACCUCCUGCUGUCCUGACUGCUACAACAACAACAACGACAGCAACCACUACAACAACACAGCCACCACCCACAGAGACAUCUGCCCCCACAACAACAGCUGUCCCCUCAACUACCACCACAGUGACACCACCCACCACCCCUAAAGCUGAACCCACCACACCAAUUACCCUCACCACAACUCACCCCUUUGUCAGGAUCUCCACCCAGGCCACCACCAUACACACUGAUGUCACCACCACAGGCCUCUCUGAUGUGGAGGGAAUAACAAAGGGAACUGGUGGCACUACAAGAGGCCUUUCAAAGGAUGAGGCCACCUUAAAUAUCACUGAAGGAACUCCCCACAUUACAUUGCCCAGCAGCACGAGUGGCCAGGUAAACUCUCUUCUGAGGUUUUUAGAGCCAUCUGGUGAAGCAGUGGGCUCUUCCUCUGAAAUAAGCUCAACUACUUCCAAAGAACUGCCGCUCUUAAUAGACCUUCCAAUCAGUAACAACAAGGAACCCAUUCCCAGGGCCACCUCUGAGGAGAAAGACUCACCUUCCUGGCAGAAUAGGUGGGAGAACUCAGAGGGCAAGGUGGAAACAGUAACAAGUUCAGCCACUGUUCAGUCGUUCAUCUUCACACAGUCACCUGAAACAGUUAUUGAACUCAACUCUGAAUCAGCAAAAAACUCCCAGUCUGACUCUUCGACUGACUCUUACUUGUGGGAAUGCCCAUGUGUGGAGAAAGUUCAGGACUCUUCUCUCCUCCCUGUCAAUGUGGAGAGGAAGAUCACUCUGGUGGGACAACACCUAAACCUCUUUCAGGAUAAGGAUUUGGACUAUGAGUGUGUAUUGGACGUUGAGAAUCGGUCAGUGGUGGUGGAUGCCUCCGUGGAGCUGGAUGCUACGCAGUCAUCAGUCUUCUUCAUCACCUGUCAACCACACAAGUAUGCAUAUUCUGUCUCGGUGGAGGAAUACCCAGCCACGAUUAACGUGCGCAGGAAAAACAACUUCCUCAUUGACAGUGCCGAGGAUCUGUAUGUGACUCUGUUCAAUUGUUCGGUGGGACGGUCAGACUGCAGCCGGUGUCGUACUGCCGACCCCAAGUAUGGCUGCGUUUGGUGCGGCGGUGCUGCCAGCUCUCGCUGUGUGUAUCAAGACUCCUGCACUGAUGAGAUCAAACACACAUGCCCUGCCCCGGUCAUUCACUUUUUGGACCCAGUGUCUGGUCCCGUGGAAGGGGGGACAGUUGUGACUAUUUCUGGCUCUAACCUCGGCCAGAGAGCUGAAGACAUCCAGAGCUCAGUCACGGUGGCAGGUGUCCCCUGCAGUGUCAUCCACAGCAGAUAUGAAGUCUCCUCAAGGAUAGUGUGUGAGACUACGAGCAGUGGAGAGGAGAGGAGCGGCCAGGCCUCAGUCAAAGUGAGGGGGGGAGGACUCGGACUGUCAGCUCAGAUCUUCAGCUUCCAGAAUCCCAUACUCAGCAGCAUCUUCCCCCAAAGAGGACCGAAGGCAGGAGGCUCAGCUCUCACCAUCAGAGGCCGUAGACUGAGGACUGGACAUCCAAGUGAAGUCAGCGUCCUAAUCGGUGGAGUACCUUGCAUGGUGCUGAACAUCCAGGAGGAUCAGAUCAGCUGUCUGACCAGAGGCAGCAACAGAACGGGAGAUCACGGCAUCACUGUGCGGUUUGGUGGGGCAGAGCGCCACCUGCGGGGUUUGGUGUAUCAUUACACCCCCAACCCCAACAUCACAAAGGCUGCGCCAUCCAAAAGCUUUCUCAGUGGAGGCAGAAUCAUCCGAGUUUCUGGUCAGAACCUGGAUGUGGUCCAAGAGCCAAAAAUGAGGGUCACCCUCAGUCCUCCUGACACACUCCCUCCCAGGAGGAGAAGGAGCAUCAACAGGAAGAGAAAAGGCAGCCUGAACAGAGGGCUGGAUCACCAGGGUCCUCUAAAGAGAUGGAGGAGGAUUGUUCCAGAGGCGGACUGCCCUGAAGGGACACUCUGUCAUGUCAAACAGUAUGAAUCCCGCUGCACAGUGAACAGCUCCUCCCUCAUCUUGUGUCCGACCCCAGCCGUGGGUCCAGAAGCCAGGAGGGCCAGGGUGAAAGUUCACUUCCUCCUGGACAGCCUCCAUUUUGACUUCAGCACUGUGGGUAAUGAAGCCUUCAGCUAUGAGCCCAACCCAAAGCUCUACCCACUGAACCAGAACGACCCCAGUAAGCCGUACCACCACAAACCUGGAAGCAUCAUCUCUGUUGAGGGUGAAAGCCUGGAUCUCGCCAUCUACAAGCAGGAGGUGGAGGCCCGGAUAGGGGAGGGCUUAUGCUCGGUAAAGACCCUGACACACAACCACUUGUACUGCGAACCACCAUCCCAGCAGCCCUCAGUCCCAGCUAGCAAGAAGCAGGAUGGCAUGGACAGUCUGCCUGAGUUCACUGUGAAAAUGGGGAAUCUGAAUUUCUCCCUGGGCAGAGUGCAGUACGACAGCCAGGCUCAGUCUACGUUUCCUCUCGAGGCUCAGGUGGGAGUCGGGGUGGGAGCCUCCAUAGUGGCUCUAAUUGUGCUCAUCAUCGUGCUCAUAUACAGGAGAAAGAGCAAACAGGCCAUGAGGGACUAUAAGAAGGUGCAGAUCCAGCUGGAGAACCUGGAGACUAGUGUGAGAGACCGCUGUAAGAAGGAGUUCACAGACCUGAUGACAGAGAUGAUGGACAUGUCCAGUGAUUUGGUGGGUUCAGGGAUUCCUUUCCUGGAUUACCGGGCGUAUGCCGAGCGCAUUUUCUUCCCGGGCCACCAGGAGUCGCCACUGAGACGAGACCUGGACGUUCCGGAGAUUCGAAGGCAGACGGUGGAACAAGGGCUGGUUCAGCUGUCCAAUCUGCUCAACAGCAAACUGUUUCUCACAAAGUUUAUCCACACUCUUGAAGUCCAGCGGACAUUUUCUCCAAGGGACCGGGCCUAUGUAGCCUCCCUGCUGACUGUAGCCCUGCAUGGUAAACUGGAGUACUUCACAGACAUCCUGAAGACGCUGCUCAAUGAUCUAGUGGAACAAUAUGUGGCAAAGAAUCCCAAACUGAUGCUGAGGAGAACUGAAUCAGUGGUUGAGAAGCUCCUGACAAACUGGAUGUCCAUCUGUCUCUUCACCUUUCUGAGGGAAUCAGCGGGGGAGUCUUUCUACAUGCUGUUCAGAGCCAUAAAGCACCAGGUGGACAAGGGACCUGUGGACGCUGUGACAGGAAAAGCCAAGUACACUCUGAAUGACAACCGGCUGUUAAGAGAGGACGUGGAGUACCGCACACUGACUCUAAAUGUUGUGAUGCCGGCUACUGCUGCAAGUGGAGGCACCACUACGCAGACUGUACCUGCCAAGGUGCUGGACUGUGACACCAUCACCCAAGUGAAGGAGAAACUUCUGGAACAAACCUGGAAAGGAACGUCCUUUUCCCAGAGGCCACACAUAGACUCCUUAAAUCUUGAGUGGCGUGCAGGUGUUGCAGGUCACCUAAUCCUGUCAGAUGAGGACUUGACAUCAGUGGUACAAGGUUCAUGGAAGCGCCUCAACACCCUGCAACACUACAAGGUCCCUGAUGGAGCAACGGUGGCUCUGGUUCCAAGAAACAACAAACAUCACCUCCAUGACAGCCACGAUUACAUGCCUGGAGAAAAGACCCCGAUGCUAGAUGAUGGGGAGGAAGGAGGUGUGAGGCUCUGGCAUCUGGUAAAGGCCAGUGAGGAGUCGGAGCUGCCCAAGCACAGGAGAGGCAGUGUGAGGGAGAGGGGCGGGGAGAGAGCCAAAGCUAUCCCUGAGAUCUACCUCACACGCCUGCUCUCCAUGAAGGGCACUCUGCAGAAGUUUGUAGAUGAUUUAUUCACUGCAAUCCUCAGCACCAGUCGUCCCGUUCCUCUAGCUGUCAAAUACUUUUUUGACUUGCUGGAUGAGCAGGCUCUACAGCACAACAUUACGGAUCCCGAGACCAUCCACAUCUGGAAAACCAACAGUUUACCACUGCGGUUCUGGAUCAAUAUCCUAAAGAACCCACAGUUCAUCUUCGAUGUGCAGACCUCGGACCAUGUAGACGCUGUGCUUUCCGUCAUUGCCCAGACCUUUAUGGAUUCCUGCACCAUCGCUGACCACAAACUGGGACGGGACUCUCCCAUCAACAAGUUGCUGUAUGCCAGAGACAUCCCGCGCUACAAACAGAUGGUGGAGAGGUACUACGCAGACAUCCGACAAACCAUCUCUGCCAGUGACCAGGAAAUGAACUCAGCUCUAGCAGAACUCUCCCGUAAUUACGCUGCUGAGGUUAACUGCCUUGUGGCUUUGCAUGAGCUGUACAAGUACAUCAACAAAUACUAUGAUCAGAUUAUCACAGCCCUGGAAGAAGACUCCACAGCUCAGAAGAUGCAGCUUGGUUACAGGCUUCAACAGAUCGCUGCUGCUGUAGAAAACAAGGUGACAGACCUAUGACCCCGAGGCUGGAAUGGACUUUUCUUUUAAACUUCAAGAGAAGAUAUUGUUGAAAAAACCUCUCUUUGACGUCUCCUUGAGAAAAGAAAAAAAGAAGCUUUUUUUUUUUUUCAAAACAUAAAGGAUGACAAAGGAAUAUUGGGACACAUACUGUGAGAUUAGUGUCAUUCUGACAGACUGAUUUUUAGUGAGGGGAGAGAUUAUGUUAAAAGGAUCACUGUUUCUUGUGCUGUAUCAAGGGGGUACAGUAAGACUCCCUUAAAGUUUCCACAGGUCCUCACACUGGGAGUAAAAAGACAGCACUGUGAGGGGGAAAAAAUGGAGAAAAUGUGAAGUAAGACACAUCAAAACAAAGGAACUUCCUCUGAAGUUUGACAUCUCUUGAGGAUGCCUCACGUUGUUUAAUUCACCUAAAUGGAGACACAAUAUGAAGAGAGAACUUUUUUUUCUCUUUCUUGAUGGACAUUUUUCUCGAUGAGCUUCACAGAACAUUCCCGCCCCAAGUUUAAAGGUAUGCUUGUUAGUUAGGAAUGGAAAAUCUAACUGUGCUGGAGGAUGAAAACAGUGCACAGAGGUAAAAGGGAAAAGGAAGACUUGACCGUUCACAUCGACAGCUGUGGAGUUUUCAACCAUGUUAUGUCAAAGUCUUACAUGAAGAACAAACAGGGUGACGCUGUCAGUGGCUUGAGUCACCGCUUAUUGAAUCUGAAGGAUGUUUCCAUUUUGCUUUUAGCUUCCUUAAAUCAUUCAUCCAAGUCUUACUCUAUUUUUGAGUUCAGUUAGUUGGGAUUGGACGAUCUGUCAUGUUUGGUCAAACUACAUGUAAAGCUGUGAUAAAGAUAGGAUGAUAUAAAAUUAAGGCUCAGAAAAAAAAAACAAAAAAACAGUAUGUUCUGAAACACUUAAGAUGUGUUCACUGAAUUCACCGAAACCAUGUCCAGUUGUAGGAAAGGUGCAGCCUCUCUCACAUGUCAAAUACCACUAUGGUCCAGAAAGUAGAUGCUUCAUUUAUCACCUUUACUGGUCUUGAACAGUCUUACAUGUUUGAGCCACAGAUCCAGAAACUCAUUCAGAGGACACAGACAUACCUGGGAAUCAGAGAAUAUUUUUGCAGCUGUCACUCCGGUGCAGUCAAAUCUAUUUAGGAAUCCUAUCAAAAACUAUCAACCAAUGGUUUGGUAAUUCUAAAAUGCUUAAGCCAAAAAAUAAAAAAAAAAGGAAAGAAAUCAUCCGCAUUUCCUGGGUGACAGGCUCUCCUGCUUAAUCAUGACGACACCUACCACAGCUUACAGUUUGCUUGCUAUUAUGUCCUCAUCUGGUAAAUGCAUCUACAACAGCUCAGCUCAACAGCUCUUGUAUAUUUAAAAUUCCUAAACAUGAUAGGAUAACGAAGAGGUGUGUUGUUUUUGUGAAGAGCCAUGUUGAUGGAGAGCUGAACAUCACCCCCAAAUUUGUCUCUGUCGGACCAUUUUGGGCCGGAUAGUUUUACAAACAGGGAUUCACAGAUAAUCGACCGUUACUGCUGAACGAUGCCGAUCCGAAUCUCCCUUCAUCCUCCCAUACCUCCGACAUCUGGUGCCAUUGUCAGCAGAACAAGCCCACCCAUGAGUUUAAACUGCCUUGUGUGCCUGAGUUAUAAUUGCAGUUGGUAACUUAGUCCACACUGACAUUACAUUUGCACCCUCCUGUGUCCUUCAGUGCAACUCUGAUCUACAUCUAGUUCCUUGACAUCCAAGGGUUGAUCAAAAAGUUCAGAGACCGUGCCUAUAAAACAUGAUUUAAAUGUGGCUGUCAUCUCCCUGUGCAACGGUACUUCCAGCAGCUCUGCAAUGCUUGUAAACGCUCCCUGGAAGUCCCGUUAUAUGAACACAUCAAGCACCAUCUGCGAUAUCUCUUAAACGAUGAUGCUUCAACUUGAAUUUCAUUUUGGGGCAGGAAGAAGAAGUCACAGGUAGCCAAAACUAGGGAACAUAACUCGUAGGACACCAAGAUUGUGUUGUUGGGGCCAAAUAAAGCCCAAAAAACUCAUAAUCGCAGUGCUGUAAACAGGCGUACAUGGCUUUGGAGUAUCCACAUAACAUAGUGCAACAGUUUAGGGCAUUUGCUCCAGAUGUUCUCCCUCAGACAUUGAAAGACACAACAGAAUGCUGCCUUGACAGUUCGAUCAUUGGGGACAAAUUAUUACAGAACUGUGGUUUGUUCUUUCAGUGGUAGCAGCAGACCCAUCUCUCUAACUCUCAUCCCCGACUGCUGACUGACACAGAAUUUGACUUAUCUUCUCUACUACAGUUUGCAAUCGCAAAUGUGCACCUUCCAGUGGUCACAAAAACACGUGUAACACAGGUCCCGCUGUUGAUAACAUAGUGUCACAUGAUCCUGACUCCUAACAGUGCUUGUUUCGAUACCGCUUACACAUGUUGCAUGCAUGUGACCAUUUCAUGCACACACACACCACAAACAAUCUUUUUGAUCAACCCUUCAACUGAUGCUAUUCUACAACAUAUAAAUCACACUAGGGGUUGCCACUCCUGCAGAAUUCGGUAGCAUUACAGUGGACCACUGAUGCUAAUGGAAAUUAUAGUGUGAUUUCUGGUGCGCCCAACAGAUCAUGAAAACAAAAAUGAGUACAAACUCCUUAACUGUCUGACUCCACAUUUCAGUACUACAACAUCUGCAGUCUUCAACAAUCACUUUCUGACAUUUAUAGGUUUGGAAACAUAUCUUUGAAUUUGCUUUACACAGACUUUUCCCUGGAUUAGUUUUCAUUUUUUUAAGCGUCACACCACCACUUAACAGUGGCUGCCUAAUGUUGUUUGAACUGAAGACCAGCGCUUUGUUUUGUGGUCUACUGCAAUUGUGAUGGUUCAUUUCUUUGGUAGUGUUUUGCAAAUGUUGAUGUGGAUUUUGUAUGUAUUACCCAAGACAUUUUAGCAGCGAUACAUACAGAUAACUUAUCCGUCCUUGUUAAAAGAAUGAAAGUAAAAUCUUCUACAAAAGUUUAACUACACUGAAUCCAUGAAAGAUCAAGCCUGACCUGUUGGUAAUGAAUGCACAAAAAUGAAAAAAAAAAAAACAUAAGGUACAGAAGGAUUCGGUUGGUAAAUGUUUCUUGGAUUAUCUAAUAAAUGAAAUGCUCAAUAUUUAUUUUAUUAUUUGCUGACACUUCUGGAGUUAGUUUCUGUUUCCUUCCAUCAGAUGGCUUUAAGUGUGGUUUAUUUGUCCAAGCUUCAUAGGUUGCAGAAAAACAGAAGUGUUGAAAGACUGUAAAUCCUGAGGUCACUGUAAAUCAGAUACGCACUUCUCAUAUAUGUGCACUAUAGAUGCAUUUUAGUUUCUUCUGCCCAGUUUAUUUUUUUAUUCGUUUUUCUUUUAGUCAGGUUUCAUCUUCCAUAUAUCUGCAGUUUUUGGGCCAUUGCCUACUAUACAGUCUUUUGUUGCAGUUGCAAUUCUUUCACGGAACAAGUGAAUUGUUUUCUCCGUGGUCCUAUGAUGACACUUUGUUACAUUUUUCUGUGGAUUCAGCUCCACCUGUAAAUUUUGUGUCUGUAACUUUACUAAACCAGAGGGAAAUAGAGGACAGUGCUGCCUCCACUCGAUGUUGGAUGGAACAGUUUCUUCACACUAACAUUUCACACUGACAAAACAGCUGUGCCCUGAUUUUAAGCUUUAAUUUGCAUUUUUUUGGCGUCAAAGUAGAUGCCAAUUUUUAGCAGUGUUGUUGUAGAGCAAAGCUUUUUUUUUCUUUUACACAUUGUCCCUUGUCUCUCAAGACAUAAAAUCAGAAAGUAGGAUUAUCAAACGAAUCUGUCUGUUGCUUUGCGAUGCCACAUGUGAAAGUCUUUUAUUAGUUGUUUUUUUUAAUUUUUAAUUUAUUGUUUAUUUAUUUUACUGCAUAUGUUGUUGGUUAUUCCUUUCAGGCAGAUAAAAUGAUAAUGUUUUACCCCUCCCAGUCAUUAUUGUUUGUAAAGAAAAGCAAGAUCCUUUCAUUCUUGUACCUUAUGGUGUUUCUUCAAGCAAACAAUUACCUUGUACAUUUAAAAAAAAAGCACUAUUAUUCUUUGCCAUGCACAUAAGUGUUGCUUGUGGCUUAUUUGUGUAUGCAAAGCUCAGUUCUGAUGUUUUUACUGUAGAUACAUACUGUUCCUAAGUAAUCCUGACUUUAGCGUUCUUAAACUAACUGAUAGGAUGAACCUAACAACAGCUUAAUGUGAUGCAAUAAAGUGGUCCAGACAACA